GCUCGGCGACUCGGAUCGCUUCGGCCCGGUCCGGCCCGCACGGCGCUGGGCGCGGAAAACGGCCAUGCCGCCGCGGCGCAGCAUCGUGGAGGUGAAGGUGCUGGACGUGCAGAAGCGGCGCGUGCCCAACAAGCAUUAUGUCUACAUCAUCCGAGUCACGUGGUCCAGUGGUGCCACAGAGGCCAUCUACCGGCGCUACAGCAAGUUCUUUGACCUCCAGAUGCAGAUGUUGGACAAGUUCCCCAUGGAAGGAGGGCAGAAGGAUCCUAAGCAGAGGAUCAUUCCGUUUCUGCCAGGCAAAAUCCUCUUCCGCCGCAGCCACAUCCGGGACGUGGCUGUCAAACGCCUGAUACCAAUCGAUGAGUACUGUAAGGCCCUGAUCCAGCUGCCCCCCUACAUCUCUCAGUGUGAUGAAGUGCUGCAGUUUUUUGAGACAAGACCUGAGGACCUGAACCCUCCCAAAGAGGAGCAUAUUGGGAAGAAGAAAUCAGGGAGUGACCUGACCUCGGUGGACCCCAUGGUCCUGGAGCAGUAUGUGGUGGUGGCAAACUAUCAGAAGCAGGAGAGCUCAGAGAUCAGCCUCAGUGUGGGCCAAGUCGUGGACAUCAUAGAGAAGAAUGAAUCAGGAUGGUGGUUUGUCAGCACUGCCGAAGAACAGGGCUGGGUCCCUGCGACCUGCCUCGAGGGCCAGGACGGUGUGCAAGAUGAGUUUUCCCUCCAGCCUGAGGAAGAUGUUCUGUGUGGUGAUGCCUGUCACUCCAGCAAAGCCAAGGCCCGAUGCUGCUUCUCCCCAAGAACUUCCCAAAGCAGAGGCCCUCAGUGUCUCCGGGAGCACACGAGUGUCUGGGAGUCAGACAGACCUGAGUUCUCCUGGAGGUACUGCUCUCUGCCCCGGUCUGUGGGUCGCCGCCGGACUCUGGGGGACUUGUAUGCCAUCAGCUGGCGUCAAGAGGAGAAGUACACAGUCAUCUACCCGUACACAGCUCGUGACCAGGACGAAAUGAACCUAGAGCGAGGGGCUGUGGUGGAGGUCAUCCAGAAGAACCUGGAGGGCUGGUGGAAGAUCAGGUUCCAGGGAAAAGAGGGCUGGGCCCCUGCUUCCUACCUAAAGAAGAGCAGUGGGGAGCCCUUGGCCCCAAAGCUGGGCCCCAGCUCAUCUGCCCACUCGGGGGCCCUCGACCUGGAUGGUGUUUCUCGGCAGCAGAACGCUUUGGGCAGGGAGAAGGAGCCGCUCAACAACCAGAGGGAUGGCCGGUUUGAAGGUCGCCUGCUGCCAGAUGGUGAUAUUAAGCAGAGAUCACCAAAGAUGAGGCAAAGGCCCCCUCCUCGCCGGGACAUGACCAUUCCUCGAGGCCUCAACCUGCCGAAGCCUCCCAUCCCACCCCAGGUGGAAGAAGAGUAUUACACCAUUGCAGAGUUCCAGACCACCAUCCCAGACGGCAUCAGCUUCCAGGCCGGCCUGAAGGUCGAGGUGAUUGAGAAGAGCUUAAGCGGUUGGUGGUACAUUCAGAUGGACGAUAAGGAGGGAUGGGCCCCAGCAACCUUCAUUGACAAGUACAAGAAGACCAGCAGUGCCUCAAGGCCCAACUUUCUGGCUCCCCUGCCUCACGAGAUGACUCAGCUCCGGCUUGGGGACACAGCCGCAAUGGAGAACAACCAGGGUCCAGAAGCAGUGGGGCCCUCCAGACCCCUGCCUGAGGCCCCACAUGGUCCUAUGGACUCUGGGAUGCUGUGGUCCAAGGACUGGAAGGGGGGGAAGGAGGCCCCAAGAAAGGCAUCUUCGGAUCUGUCUGCAUCAGCAGGCUAUGAGGAGAUCUCAGACCCCACACAGGAGGAGAAGCCCAGCCUCCCUCCACGCAAAGAAUCCAUCAUCAAAUCUGAAGAGGAGCUGCUGGAGAGGGAGAGGCAAAAGUUGGAGCCACUCCGGAAUUCCUCCCCCAAGCCCCCUGGCAUGAUUUUGCCAAUGAUUCCAGCCAAGCAUGCUCCUCCAGCCCGGGAGAGUAGGAAGCCAGAGCCCAAACCUGACAAAAGCAAGUUGUUCCCACUAAAAAAUGACAUGGGGCUCGAAUGUGGUCACAAGGUGCUGGCCAAGGAAGUGAAGAAGCCCAACCUCCGUCCUGUCUCCAGGUCCAAAGCUGAGCUGCCUGAGGAGAAGGCAGAAGCCAGUCCCCAGAAUCUGUUCUUGAAGUCUAGACCUCAGGUUAGGCCCAAACCAACUCCUUCCCCCAAGACAGAGCCAGCUCAGAGUGAAGAUCAAGUGGACAUACAUAACCUCAGGAGCAAGCUCAGACCUGCCAAGUCCCAGGAAAAAGCUAUAUUAGACGGGGAGAGCCACCAUGCUGCUGGGAGUCACGACACAGCCCUCAACCGAAGCUUCCUUCCGGUAGAGGGACCUGGCCGUGGUCAGGACAGGUCUGGCCGGCAGGAUGGACUGAGUCCAAAGGAGUCACCCUGCAGAGCCCCUCCCAGGCCAGCCAAGACCACAGACCCUGCACCUAAGAAUUUGCCUGUGCCUGGCCAAGAAGCCACCCAGCAAAGACCUGUGGUCCCACCUCGGAGACCCCCACCCCCCAAGAAAACCUCCUCAUCUCCGUUGUCUUGUAGGCCCCUCCCAGAGGUCAAAGGGCCACAGCGUGAAGCCAAUGAAAGCAGAGCCAUUCCUGUCCCAGGCCGGGCCCUCCUGGUCCCUCCAAAAGCCAAACCCUUCCUCUCUAACUCCUCAGUGGGCCAAGAUGACAUGCGAGGCAAAGGUGGGCUGGCGCCACGCAUAGCUGGCAAGGUGGGAGAAAACAGAGAGAAAGCAGCCCCCUUCCUCAAUGCCGAUGGCCCAAAGGACUCACUGUAUGUGGCUGUGGCCAACUUUGAAGGAGAUGAAGACACCAGCAGCUUCCAGGAAGGGACAGUGUUUGAAGUUCGGGAGAAGAGCAGCAGCGGCUGGUGGUUCUGUCAGGUCCUCAGCGGGGCUCCUUCCUGGGAAGGCUGGAUUCCUUCCAACUACCUCCGGAAGAAACCUUAGCUUCCCCCACCCUGCCCAGAGAGACCCCGCUGUCCCUGCUGGCCUCUCCCACGUAUUUAAUACGCAUCUUAAUUUGCCAGUCUCCACACAGUUUCAAGGAAGGAGGCCAUUGGGGUGCUAUGCAGAAUGCUUGGUGCGAUGAUGUUCUGUUGCCGGGGUCUGAUUCUCCUGUGGUGGCUCCCCCAGAAGGCUAGAAAGCCAGGUAGAAACCACAUCAGCAUCUUUCUCUAUAGUGGUACCCACCCUCCUAGUCAAUGGUAUUGUCACCCAGGAGCUGGACCGUGACACUCUCAGACCUCCAAGGCUGAGACUGUCACCUGGAGAGCUUCCAGACUGCACCUCGGUGCUCAGAGGUGGCACAGAGGGACAGCCCACAUAGUCUGUGACAACUCACUUCUCCGUGUUUCUAGAAGCCCAGUAGUGGCUUUGUUCACUGUUCCCAGAAUGCCUGGUCCCGGAAGAACUGCGUCCUGAAGGAAUCAGUUUCCAGGCUUUCUGUUUCUAAGUCCUGACCAGAUGCAGCUGCCCUGGAGUGGUCCUGGAGAUUUACUUGGUCAUCCCACCUCCUGUCUGCCUUGGACCGUGAUCAGUCCUAAUGGGGCAUGCUCCACCGCUGCAGCCUCUGGUCCAUCUAGGACUCUUAAAUUAUAGUUCCUGCCCACCUCCCCCAGUCCCUAAAACAAGAGUCUCCAAGUUUGUUUAAAUAAGGUGCCUUCACAAGGCACACAGCCUGUGAGAGCUUCUUCGCCCAGUAGGUGCCAAACUGUCCUUGGCUUUUUGCUUUCACGUCCAAACCUUCAACCAGCCCCCACUAUUCCAUCACACCCAUUUUCUAGAAGAGGAAACCUGGGCUCUACAGGCCCCAGGACAUACUAGCUAGGAAGAGGAGGGAGGAGGGAGUUUGAGUUCAGGCUUGCCUGGACCCUUCUCCCAGCAAGAACAAGCCAGUGAGGGAAGAAAUAGGGGUUGACUGGGAACCUCCUUAUGGUAUAAGUCGGGACAGCAGUGACUACCCUAGACUUGUAGCUGCUACUCCAGGCCAGGGCAUGCCCUGGAUCCUUAGUAGCCGGCAGAGAACUUGUAGGCUGGCACCCCAUGCGCGGAAGGAGAAUACAGAAGGCUGAGACAGUGUCCCUCGGUGGUUUGACGGGGGCUCUGGUGACUAAGGACCAGCAGCUGGGGUGGUGGAAAACUGAGCAGCGCAGCAGUAGCCACAACUCUUGCCUGGGCAGGCGUGGCUUCUUCCUGUAGAGCAGUCGCCCCCGGGCUGGCGUGGCUUCCCAGUAAGCAGUUUGCUUUUUUAAUAUUCUUUCCCGGGGAGAAGCCCAGGGUAGACCAUCCCUAUUUUGACUAACAGACUUAACUGAGACCUCAAGAGGUCUGCUUAGCUACUACAGGGCUAAAAACAACUCAGAUUUCUAACUCCCGGCCCAGAACAACUUGUACCUAUGAACAGGGUUCCUUUAAAAGAGGGGCGGGGUGGAGAGAACAGAAGACCCUGCAGAAGAGGCCGCCCUGUCCUGCUCUACAUCUCCCCCAGAAAUCUCUCACACAUAUGCACCUUUUUUUUUAACCCGUGCUUUAGGAACCACAAAACCCCCUUUCCCGAGAUGUGUGCAUCUUACCUGCAGUGCCAAAGAUUUUGUGCAAGCAGAUCUCUUCUGCACCCUCCCCAGCCCCCUCUCUGUGCCCUUCUGGCUCUGGCUGCUGUCCUUUGACCCAUGGUGGCACCAGGAUGCUCUUCCUCUGCUUAGCCCCACCCCCAGAAUACUGGCCAGGGCGUCAGGAGAAAGCUCCAGGUAGGGAGAGGGGAGGCUCUGUGAGUCUUAGCACUUCUUAAGGCUACACACACCCCACUGUGCAUGAAGUCUCCCAGCUUUUGUUUUGUUUUUUGAGGACACCUUCACUUGAAUAGCUUUCACGAAGCUGUUUUACAGGUCUUUGAAGAAGCAAAGGGUUUUUUUUAAUUAUUGUUGUUGUUUUGUUUUUAUGUGUUGUUUUAUUUUUCUUGUUUGCAUUUUGGCUCUCCGUAACCUUUUCAAGUAGUCUAUCAGCCCCUCCUUUGCAGCAGGUACUAGAUUCUGCCUUUUGUCCUCGCCUUGUGCUGAUGUGAACUGCAGGUGUGCAAGGGGCAUUCUCUGGUCACUGUCCUUUUCAUGGGUCGCACGCACAGCCUGAAGAUUCCUGGGACAAGCUCCAUCAGGCACAGUGGUCGUCAUUGCUCUGGUCAACCGGAAGUGAGCGGGUCUGCAAAACCAGUCAUUCCUCUGGGAUGAAGCCUAUGCCAGACUUCCCUCCAUCCCUGCCUUGUAAAACUUCCAUGGUAACAAUGGGCCAAUCACAGACCAGAUCACCAACACAAACCUGCCGCCGUCCAUCCCCCCACCCCCUUAACUAAUCUGCACAUCAGCCCUGUGAUCAAGGAUCAGCACCAAUACUUAGUGAGAAAGUUAAGGUGUGGAGGGUGUUGGCACAUCCAGCCUUGUCCAGAUCCUGGCCACCAGCAGAGAAAUGUGUAUAGUCUUUGCAGGCAAUCGGUGACCCAGUUUCUGAAUUUAGGUGUUACCCCAGUAUUCUCCUGGCCAAACAUUGGUCACCUGCCGGAUGGCCCCUGUGGAUGGCCCCUGCUCUCUGGCUCCAUGACUUCAUUGUUUCUGUCUGAGAGCAAGUGUAGUGAAGACCUCUGGAGACCUGGACUUGAAAACAGUUGCUUGCUGAAAUGAGACUUUGCUGAUAUUUUCUGGCCAGAGUUACUCUUGGCCACUUGUGUUUAUAGCAUGGCCCCAGUCCCAGGCAAGGGGAGGGAGGUCUGAGCUCCAGCUACUUUAUAUCCUGCCAGGAAAUGGCUAGAGCCAUGCCAGGCGUUCACGGUCAUUUUCAGCCUCUGCCACCGGGCUGCUCCACAGAGUAGAUUUCUACGGCUUGACCUUAAACUAUUUCUGAACCCACUGGGGACUUGGGUGGUGGGUGGAAAGUAGAGGGCACAUGUGCCUCGGUAAAGAACAGGUGCCAAAUCUCCCCAAGACUUAAGGAUGGUCCAGUGUUUAUUACCAAAACCUUGCUCUGAGAGAGAGGAAGAAACUGCCCCUACCCUCUCAAAGCUGCCCACUGGAGGUGCGGUGCAGCAGGAAAGCGCUGGCCCGCAUUCACGGGACUCCCACGCCAUCCUAGCAUCACAGAUAAGAACAUUAAUCAGUGGCUCUGCUCCUGUCCUUCCAUUAAGCUCUUCAGUGUUGACAUAGUCUGCACCUUGGGAAGCCUUGCCAUUUCUUUGAAUAGCAUGGCAAUCUCAACCCCUUCCCUGGCUGUCUAAACUGGCCUUCAGGGUUUUUCUGUGUACUGAAGACAGCCACAUCCUACUGCAGACCAAAGAUUCAGAGGGGCGUGGACUGAAUCGGUAGGAAGUGAAUUUACAUCAAGGCGUGAGGCCUUGCCUUUGCUUGGAAGAAUAGCUCCUAACUUGCUAGGGUUCUAGCAGCUGGACUGACCUGACCCCAAGCAGAACUACAGAGUUAAGACAAUGGUUCAUACUCGUCGCCUGCUCUUGGGCCACCUUCUGACCUCCUGCUCUGGGCAGGGAUACCUGGUUUCCGGUGCUAUCUAGUUGAGGUACCAAGCCCCUCACAUGUGAGUGUUCCAUCUUCCUUCCUGUCUCCAUCUUCUUCUCCACAAUAAGCCAGUCGGAAAGAGGGCUUAGCUUUCAUCUUUCUACAGACCAGACCUGGUGGCCAGUGGCCUUCACUCUCACUUCUCUGCUUUACAGAGCAAAGGUGCCCCACCAGGCUUACUACAGCAAUAAGCAAUUCUAAUGCAACGGAGGUGUCUGUAUUAUGCCCGUAAUGCCUUUGUGCCCUGUAAUUAUUAGUAGCGUCUCUCUUACUGGGGGAGUGUGAUAAACUGUGGUCACCUUAGCCAUACACAGUUCCUGUUUCAGGGCCACUGAGGAGCUAGGCUGCUUCUGGCAUCCCUCCAGGAACAGUGGGCUCUGGGCAGUGUGACCUAUUGUAUGUGUCCACCCAUAGAUGGUGCUGGGGACCCCUGGGUUCUCAGCUCCUCUCACACCCCCUAGGCCGACUGACAGAUCCUAGUCUUGGCUUUUGUUUCCUGUGAGUUUUUAAUGUGAGGGGGCAGUGGGUGAACAUCUAGCUGUAGCAUGUAGAGACUAUAUACCAUUAGACUUUUGUUUUUUUUUUAAUAAUAAUAAAAAAUGCUUGACUGGUUUCAAGCUUCAUUGUAAAUGUGGA